AUCAUGAGUAACUCAAUCCCCUUUAGCCAACGCUGGCUGAGCGCAAAAAACGUGAGAACCUCGCAAGAUGUUCUCGGCUUUUAUUAUAGCCCCAACGACGGGGUCUCCAAGAGCUGAGCUACUUAUCACAGCUCUUGACGGUGGUGUGACACAAGCGUUGCAAACGCAGUUCAUCACUCGUCAGUCAAUUCAUUGGAAUCGAGCAAACUCUGUUGCGAGACCUCUGGUUGAUACCUGUUCCUUUGGUGUGAGAAGUGUUGAGAUAGACUGAAGAUUGGGGGUCGAGGAGGAAGCUGAGACUGAGACGCUGCGAAACUGUUCCUCGCUGGCAUUUCCCAAGUUGUUUAGACACGAAUUGGCUUGUCAAUAACUAAGACUGAAAACCAACAUACCCAUACCUUGACUCAAAAGAAACUCUGUAAUCAUGGAUCUCAUGAUGCUGCACCAUUUCCCCCAUCACGCAAAUCCCCUUUCCUACGCUGCAACGACCUCCGCAGCUUCGCACGAUAUUCAUACCAAUAAACGACUUUCUUCUUUGAUACCUGGAGUUGAUAGCCUGCUACACGGAGACCGUUCAAGCUUCUUGGGAGGCGGAAAGCGCUCGCAUGAAGCCCGCUUUCAAGCAAAUCAAGAAUCAGACAUGCAGUACCUGCCAUUAGAGAUUGUGCAACUUAUUUUCGGGUUCUUACCAGACAUAGAGUCCAUCUGUGCCUUGUCUGCGACCUGCCACCUCUUUCACCGAGCCUACGCCAGUUCGCGGAAGCUUAUAAUCGUCCAGAACGUUCUCGAAACUCAAUUCGGCCCUCUGCACGACGUUACACAGCUUGUGACGCUCAACUCCAGCGAACUCCCUCACCAGACCCGUGACCCAUGCUUCUCUCUUGCAUUGGCCAAGCAGAUUGCCAAAUGCGGGCGAACUGCCAAUAGAUGGGUUGCGCUCUACCCCAUGCUUCGAUGGCGCGUCAAGCCUGAAAACCGGCGCUUUCUCCUCCAGGAGGAAAGGCAUCGACUUCGUCGGGCCAUUUACCGACUUUGGACGUACAAUUCGGCUUACACCAUGGAUUUCGAGGCCUCCGUGGGCCCUAGCAUCUUGAGACAAUACCGGACGCGUGAGCUGCGUGAGAUCGACGAACUCCGCGCAGUUUUCCGUGACACUCUCACCCAUGACUGUUGCCUCUCCAACUCCGCGGUGCAGCUGCAUUACAACCAAGGACAUCCGACGCGUGACCUGCUCUACUUCGGUACCUACAGCUCAUACGGAAAUGACGCUAUGCUCGCCCCCGACAAGCUGAAAGGCAAGUCGGUGAGGGAUGCCAUGGCCGCUGAGUCCUGGGGAGACGACAUGUCCGUGGGCCGCAAGAUCAUGCGACUACUCUACAUGACGCCGGACGCACUGCUGGACUUCCAUGACGGGUGCACGUGCAAGACUGAGCGAGAGGAGUUUCUGGAGAAGAUUGGUUACGAUAUUAGUUAUGGCUGGUACGCAGGCCUUUAUGCGGAUUCGUAUCCGAGUGAUUCGUGCCAGGUUGUGGAAGAGGAGCGGGGUGAAGAGCCUCUGUCGGGAAUUGAGCAAGAGUGGAUCACGGAGGAUGAGGGGGUAGAUGAAGAUAGGAAAUUUUUAGUUCUGUAGGGGUCGGUUUUAGAAUGAGGGGGAAGUUGUUAUAUUCUAGAAGUCUGCGUUGUUUUGAUAGAUGAUGUUUUGGUAGAUUAUAAUUCUAGAGACGUGCGUUGUUUUGAUAGAGCUCGUUCCGUAGCUUAUAAUUCUAAAGGUUUUGGUUUGAACACAGG